UUAUCAAACAAAUAAAUGUCACAAUCAUCAACACCGAUUCUUCAACUCGGUCUUCUCCAUUCUGCCGACAUCUAACCUUUGUCUCAAGACUUUGUCCGAAAGGAGAGGAAAGUUUGCGACUUUGUAUUGGUUCCGAUGAAGCUUCGACAAACCCUGAAUUGAUUUGGUCUGUUUCCUAUUGAGAUUCGAAGGCUUAAAAGAAGAAGAAGAAGAAGGCAAGAACAUAAAUGGGUUGUGCUGGAUCCACACAGUCGCAAGGAGAAGGGUCAGUGAAGAAAAUUAGGAAACCAAAACCGUGGAAACAUACCCAGCCGAUCACUAAAGCUGAGCUUAUGAAACUGAGAGAAGAGUUUUGGGACACUGCUCCUCACUAUGGCGGUAGGAAAGAGAUAUGGGACGCACUUCGGGCUGCUGCUGAAGCUGACAUAUCUCUUGCGCAAGCAAUAGUGGACAGCGCAGGGGUCAUUGUUCAGAACAAUGAUCUCACUGUUUGCUAUGACGAGAGAGGUGCUAAGUAUGAGCUACCUAAGUAUGUUCUAAGCGAGCCUACCAACUUGGUGGAAGACAAUUGAUUUUUAAGAGAUCAAGACCAUUUCGAGAAGAUAAGAAAAAUGUAAAUCUUGUGUUGUGCAAGUAGUUUACAUUAGGAGACUCUGCUUUUGUCUAUUUAACACUUUGAAAAAUGAUUCCCACUUUUUCUAUCACACUGACUUGUUGUACCUAAGAAGGCAGAUUGUUACUCAAAUGCUAAAGACAAGUCUUUGGGGUUUCAUAUU